AGAAGAAGAAGAGGAGGGCGGAAGUGGACAUGUUUACUGCCCGCAGCCGCGGCGGGCUGGUAACGAUGCGCUAAAAAUAUGCCUACUGCGCCCUGAAUUGCUUGCUUAAACAUUACUUAACUGUACUAGUGUAUGCGUCUAAUGUCUUGGAAUCAUAAGGGAAUUCACAGUUGGCCUCGGCAUAAUUCAUACGAGAAAUGGACACGAGUGAGGACCUGGUCCAAACGAACGUCAGCAAAACGCUGCUCAUCCGCCGCCUGCCAGCCGAGCUCAGACAGGACGAGAAGGAGGACCUCUUGAAGUAUUUUGGAGCGGAGUCGGUCAGGGUCUUCUCAAACACGGGUCGCCUGAGACAUGCAGCUUUCGCAACCUUUAGAAGUGAGAAGUCAGCAGCAAAAGCUCUCAACAGGCUCCAUCAGUUGGAGGUCCUUGAUCAUACACUUGUCGCGGAGUUUGCAAAAUGCCAAGAUCAUGUGACUGUAUUAAAGGACCCACGAGUGUCAGACAGUGGUAAACAAUUCAAGAGAGAGCCGAAGAAACAGGAGACCAAGCAGCCAAACAUUCCCCUCAUAGAGGCUGGCAUUGCGCCGGGCCUUGGGCUGACGUUUCAAUCGAAUCCCACUCUGAAAUAUUUAUACCCACCACCUUCUAAUGGCAUUCUGACAAAUAUAACACAUGUCCUCAUGAGUGUGCCAAAAUUUUACGUCCAAGUACUGCAUCUGAUGAACAAGAUGAAUUUACCGUGUCCGUUUGGCCAGGUCACUGCCCGGCCCCCCAUGUUUGAGCUCCUGCCUCCCUCACCACCCUUCCCCAUGCCUCCUCCCUUCCCCCCCGACUACCCUCCUUUGCCAGAGGAGGAGAUGGAGCUGUCCAGCGGCGAAGAAUCAGAGUAUGAGAGCGGGGACGACGAAGACAAGGAGAGGAUCGUUCGUCUGAUGGGCCUGGUCAACCAAGCAUGCAAGAGACCCAUGAGACCAAAAACGGCUUCAAAGAGAAAGAAGCCCGGGAUCAAGGAUCUACUCUAUGCUCCCAAACCAGACUCUCAGAGUGCGCCAGUGCUGCAGCCCUCCGAUGUGUUCGAGCAGCCCCACCCUGCCGGGCAAAGAAAAAUUGAAUUCCACAUUUCGGUUCCAGAGGUGGCGGCCAUUGUGGAAGGAAGUGGGCCGGGUCAGCCUGACGAUCAAAGCGGAGAAGCAGAUAGGGGGGAACUCGCCCCCAGUGGCAGGCGUGAGGCGGCGGAGGAGGAGGCUGAGGGCUUUGGGAAGCUUUACCCCAGCGCGCAGGCUUCCCAACAGGAAGAGGAGCACAGCGACGAGGAGCAGGAACUCCCCUCGGACGUUGUCUCCAGAAAGGAGCUGGAGAAAGGACGGCUGUCAAGAGAUGAGAUAAAAAGGAUGUCUGUGUUUAAAAACUAUGAAGCGGGUGAGCCAACCUGCAGACUGUACGUGAAGAAUAUUGCAAAGCAAGUGGAAGAGAAAGACAUGAAGUACAUCUAUGGGAGAUACGUCAACCCUUUGUCAGAAGCCGAGAGAAACAUGUUUGACAUUGUGUUAAUGAAGGAGGGGCGGAUGAAAGGGCAGGCCUUUGUAGGACUCCCCAGUGGGCAGAGUGCAGAGAAAGCCCUGCGGGAAACCAACGGCUACGUUCUCUACGACAAGCCCCUCGUCGUCCAAUUUGCCCGAUCUGCCAAACCAAAGGAAGACAACACCGUUACCAAGAGAGGCCCAAAACAACGAUGACCUCUGCGAGAUGCCAAGGCUUGAUAUUGUGGCCCAGCAGAACCAAUUGUAUCCUUAUUCUGGCAUAUCCUUUGGAGAGAAAAAAAAGA